AAAAAGAACAGGCUAGAGGCAAAAAAGAGUGAGAUUGAAGGCAUGGCAGCAAAUAUACUUAGAACUGCUACAGUGCAAUGGAGAUACACUGAGAGGGACAGGCAUGUGUGUUGAUGAACAAUGGUGAAAAGAUUAAUGCACACCAAUAAAAGAUACUACAAUCAACUCACAAAAUCAACACGCUGAAUUAUAAUUUAGGUUAAAACAGUAUGGUAAGUCAAUGCACAUUGCACAGGAAUGCAUUUCGAAAUGUCUUUGAAAGUGUGUGUAUGAAUGUAUAUAUGUUGGUGUAGUUGGUUAAGAUUCUGCAGCAUGAAAAUAUGCUCCACGGAAGCCUGAGAGAGAGAGAGAGAGAGCAAGAGUAAUGACUUUACCAGCUGUUUCUUUGCUCUCAUCUCAAAAGACUAUACAGAGAGUAAUGCCUCUUAAGUCUUCACUAUACUGAUGCUAGAUUUUGGACAGUAUGGUGGCCAGCAUCUUAGCAAAGGUAAUUUGUAGUUCACAGAAUUAAUUACAUAAUAUCACAGCUAAUUAACUUACUAGUUUUGCAGAUCUUUGGUCAUUUGAUUUGGUAAUAAUUUAAGUCUGUCUUUGAAGUCCAACUAGCAGCAUGUGUGAAUAUGAAUAUGUUUGUGUGUGUGUGUGUACAGGUUUGUAUGGUUUACGAGGACAUUUUUUAGGUUGCAAACUGGUAAUUACAAGGGUAUUAUGCUAUAAAUGUGGUUUAUGAGGACAUUUCUAGUGUCCCCUUAAUUCAAAUCGCUUAAAAAACAUACUAAACAAGAUUUUUGCUUAGGUUUAGGGGAUAGGUGUGUGUGUGUGCGUGCGUGCGUGCGUGCGUGCGUGCGUAUGUGUGUGUGCAGAGAAUGUGCUCUUUGUAAAUAGAUCCCAGGCUGAAUUCUUGGCAUUUCCGGGUGCAGCCAUAUUUAUGGAGAACUCAAUGGUCUCCUUAAUGGAAGUUCUAGGAUAUGUGUGAAUUGGAGGUGUUGUAAUGAUGCAGUGGUCAUCUGAGUGGGCGGAGCAACACUAUGAUGUCUCCUCUUCCACAUCACCUUUGGUUCACCCUAAGCCCCUCCCAUAUCCCCAGCCUAGCCGUCCUGGGUUCUCAGGCUAUAAUGAUGACAUCAGUGCUCUCAGUGCCUCUAGCUUGCUGAAACGCUAUGCUGAGAGAUAUUCCUCCAUCUCUGCCUUACCAGAGCAUGGGACUUUCCUGAAAAGUGAGCAGCACCAAGAAACAUGGCCUGUUGGAUACAGUUCGGAGGGGCCCCCUGGUUUAGAUGCAUUGAAGGGGACUUUGGGGACUGAAAGUGAUCUUCCAGAGCAGCAGUACAGCCGUGGUCCCACAUCUCAGGAUUACCCUUCAUCUUACACUAGUCAACAUCUGCUCCCUAAACCAUCCUAUCUUCCUUCACCAGCAUUUGCCUUGCCAUCUGUAUACCUGCCCCCCACAACAGGCUAUGCUUAUCCUCAACAAUGCAGUCUAACCACCAGUUACCCCCAUAGAACCCCUUCUUUGCUGCACUCAGGCCUACACACACUGACUCCUCUGAAUGUCACUCUCAGCAGCCACAGUCCUGCGGAACUUCCACGCAACAGGAAGUUUGGCUUCGACCAACCCAAAACUGCCAGAGUGUCACCGUACACGAUCAGGGACAAGGGUGAUGGACAGAGCAGCGAUGGUGGAUGUAUCAAUGAAAACUGUGGGACUGACACCCAAAGCUACUGGCCAGAAAAACUUUCCACUCAGUCUGAUCUUGAGGCAGAUUUGGUGGGUAAAACCAGUCCUCUACGGCCUCUGGAGACACAAUCUUAUGGAGGUCCAGGACAGUACACAUAUCCCUAAGUCUACUUGACAGCUUCCCAGACAGCUUCCCAAAAAUCUAUAAAAUUGUAUGUUUAUAGCAGUACUUGAACAUGUCAACUAUUUGAAAAUAUAUGAAACAUGACGAUUGUUUUUACAGUAGACCAAGGUUCUAUGAUUCCAUGAAGCUCUACUAGCAGUGGACUAAGCUAAAUACAUGUCUCUCUUAUGCACAUUGUCAAUAGCAUGCCUCAGGUGAUUAAACUGACUGCAGCUAUAAAGGUGCAGUGUGUAAUUUCAGCAUUACUAGUGGCACCCAAAUGGAAUUGCAGAAAAUAAUUAUUUCCCCAAGGUACUUCACACAUCUCCCACCCUAAGCUCACACCAUUGGUUAAGCCAAUGUGGCAGUGUUGGGAUUGCUCAGACAAAGGCCAGAAACAUUCAGUACUUUAUGCAAAUACACGUACACAGAUGUGAGCACUUGGCCAUUGCAUUGCAAAUGCCUGGCCCUGUUGAACAUGCUUAAUAUGCGUUAUUGCGUUACUUUGCCAGUAACAAAUUUAAAUACUCAAGGAAGCAGCAUUUGGAACUUUUGGAAUGCAACAGCACACGUAAUCGAACUUGCUUAGCUAGAAGCAUCCAAAUGGCUUACUUCUGAAUGUCUCUGUAUAUUAAACUGGGAUAAGAGAAAGUAUUUUACCAUCGAAAAAUUAUACACAUCAUCUUUAAUGAGGCCUGUAGCACAGACUCUAUUUGUAUCCCUUCAUUUUGACAUUCCGUUGACCCUUAAAUGACUCUUUCUUUUUAUUCUCAUCCUUUCCUUUAUGCUCUCGCUCUCUAUAAUUAUGCUGUGCAGUGAAUAUUACGGUGACAAGCACAAAUCCACUGCUUCAAUCAAUGAAACCCAAGCCAAAGAAAGACUGAAAGAGUGGAAUGUAAAAAGAAAUACGAUUUUAUAACAAAUCUCAUGUUUAUUUUCUAUUUUAUUAAUUUCUUCUUAAAAUACACAAAACAAACUUUUUUUUUUAUUUUAAAUCAGAAAACAGAAGCUAAUGUUUCACAUGUCAUGAGUGUAAUAGAAAGUUUUCAUACAUGUUGUUUGUGAACAUGUGAGGGGCAAUUGUAUUAAAUCAGUGUAAUUUAACAGGUGUAACACUGUGAUUUUUGAAAUACUCUUACUUUAGAAAUAUUAGGUAAGAUUCCUCUAUAAACUUUGAAUGUUAAUCUGAUUUUCCUCAGGAAUUGUGAAUGAAGCCAUACCUAUCUUUUAUCUAAUAGAAAGUUUGAAAUUUGAAACUGUAUUUGUAGAUCCUGGCCAAUGCACACACUCCUAUUUCAAAUUUAAAGAUUUAAAGUAUAUUAUUACAUAAUGCACAUUAAUAUGUCAAGCAUCAACUUUCACUGUGCUAUCUGGGCUGCGAAAAGGCUAAGAAAAUGUGCUUAGCAGACUUUUCCACUAUUCCCCUAUUGUGACUUUUACUAUGGAAACCCACUGAGCUGUCCCAGCCCCCUAAGGUGAACACUGGAUGUAUUUUCUUCUGACCCUCUGACCUCCACCCAUUCUUUAUUUUAAAGGAGGUCUGUGAAAGAGAAGAGAGCUUUUGUUGCGGUGAGGUAAGCGGAGCAUACACUGAAAUGUACAAACAAAACUACAAAUGACAGUCCAGUUAAUAUUUAAAUCUUAAUCUUUAUAUUUUAAGUUGCGGAACAACAUGUCCAUUUUUUAUUUUAUGGCUAAUAUUCAUUAUAUGUUAAAAACCAGAUCUACCUCACAUUUUUGUCAUGCUGUGUGCUCUGAUUAUGCAAUUGUUUAUCAUGUCUGUGUAUUAUUUGUCUAAAUG